GAAUGUUUUAGGGGAGACACAUUUUGCGCCGCACAGAACUUGUCUGUCGACCGAAGCCGCAAGAACUUCAAUGUUUACAUCAAUUGAAACUUGUAUUCGAGUUUACUUGACUUAUUCCAUGUUUUUAUUUUUGUCGAGGUGCUCCAGAAAUGUGUUUUAAAGCUCUUUUGCUGCUGCUGAAUGUCUUAGAAACACUUGUCUCGGUUACAAACCAGCAGGUGUUAGCCUGCACCGGUACAUGCCAGGUAAUGGUCAAACCAAAAGGGCGGUUGUAGUUGAAGCUUGCCUUUAAAACACACCACAUUUAACCUACCUCUGACACCAAUAAUGCCAAACAAACGUGUCCAGAAGAAAACACUCAAACUGGUGUGUGAAUGGGGCUCGUGCCAGGAGUCUUUCUCGCAGAUGGAUAACUUCUGCACGCACGCGGAGACUCACCUUAACGCUCUGAAUCACGCGGAGGAGGACCAGGAGGAGGCAGAAGGUGAGGGCUGUGUGGUGUUUUGAUAUGAUGGAGCUGUCUGGUAAAUGUAGCAGCACAAACACUCAUUUAGAAAUGUAGUCUGAUGGUAAUAUUACAGCCUACAGUUGCAGGCCGAAAGCGGUGGACAUUGGCGGUGUUUCCAUUAAAUUUGCUAUGCAAGCUACUCUAAUGCUUUAUGUAGAAAUAAAACAUUUUAGGCCUAUUGUUUUCGCUUAAAAACACACAUCUAAACACUGCUUAACUGAGCUGUUGUCUCACUGAAGGCAAAAACCCACCUCUAACUCCAGGCACCUAAAAAUCCACAUCCAAUGUGCUGUAGGGGAGAGUGGGGUAAGAUGAGCCGUUUUUCAUAUUUCGGAUCACUACAUCAAGAAAAUCAUAGUUUUGGUGGACUUUUAUGCAAUUCAUAAAAGUCCACCAUUUUAGCUUUGAGGUCUAAUAAAUGUUUUUGACCUCGUGUUGUAGCUCAUAGAUACCACAAUUGAUGUAUAAAACAAAUUUAAAAUUAUCUUUUUUGGUCUGAACACAAUUCUAAUAAAACUUGUGACAGACUCAAUUCACUUUCAACAGUGAAAGAUGUUUUUUUUUUGUAAAUGUCUAACCUCUUCACCCCUGUGCUUCUAACCUUCACAGACUUUAUGAAUUGAUGCCCAUCCCCUUAAUAUUUGGUCACAUGAUCUUUUUUUUUUUUUUUUACCAUUUCCAAGCAACACGGGGUGGCUCAACUUACCCUCUGGUUUAAUUUACCCCACUCUCCCCUAUAUAAUCCCCAUCAACAGAUCCAGAUGCAAUACCUGUCCCUGUAAACUCCAAAGGUUUAUAAUCCCUCUUUCCUUUUGUGGCCAGGCGAGAGAAACUGUCUCUGGAGGGAGUGCGGUUUCUGUUCCAUGGAGGGUCCUGAGGAGUUACGAAGACACCUCUUCUUUCACUGUUACCACACCAAACUGAAACAGUUAGGUCAGCAUGUGCUCGAUGCCCAGCCAGAGCUUGGCACCUGCGCCAUCGGAUACCAAAACCGCAACAUCAUCCCUGAAAUCCCAGACAAUUUCAUCUGCCUAUGGGAGGAGUGUGAGGUAAUCUGGUGAAGCAAGGCAAGAUAAAAAUAUGAACAUGUUUAACAAGCAACUGACAAUGAGCUGUUCAGUUCGUAACCAGUGGAAAACAGACUGAGGUUUGCCUUUAACUCAAAACACUUGUGUUUGUAUGUGUCUAUUUUCAUGUAUUUUGAUCACAGCAACCUCCAUAUGAGAACCCAGAGUGGUUUUAUCGCCAUGUUGAGAUGCAUAGCCUCUGCAUAGAUAUUCCAACAGGAGACAGUGAAAUCCCACUACACUGCAGGUGGAAAGGUUUGUAUAUCAAUGUGACUGUCAAAAGAUUGUAGUUUUUUAAAAAAAUGCCAAUAUAUGCAAAGAUUACUUUGCUCGUUUAUGGUCAGAAAUUUCUAAAAAUAAAAAAUAAAAAAAGGGUGUUAUAUUUGCUGUGUGAUAGAAAUUUUUCAAUUGUGAGGUUUAAGUACAUUCUCUGUCACUCUACAGAUUGUGAGGCAACGGCCAAAGGACGUCCUAAACUGCGAGAGCACCUACGAAGCCAUACCCAAGAGAAGAUGGUGGCAUGUCCAGGCUGUGGGGGGAUGUACGCUAACAAUACCAAGCUCUUUGACCACAUCAUAAGACAGAGUGCCAUGGAAGGUAAGGAAAAUCUUGUGAAAAAAGGGGGGGUUGGCUAUUUCUGUAAAAAGGUUUUCAUGUAGGAAUUUUUCCUUCGUGUUCUUCAGGUCAGAGGUUCCAGUGUUCGCACUGUUCCAAACGCUUUGCAACUGAAAGACUCCUUCGAGAUCACAUGAGGACCCACGGUCAGUCCAUCCUUCAGAGUUCCCUGUAUUUCAUUGCAGUAAACUGUGAUCCACACUAGUCCUCUGUGCAUUUUUACUUCAACUCUUAAGACCCCUGCAUUCACCGUGAAUAACUUUCCAUGUGGCUCAUAGCAACAGCAUUAAAUGAUUGAUAUAAAGAUUUCUUACAUCUGUCUUUAUGCUGUUUAAUUGUCAUACACUCUCAGGCAACAACUCACUCUGCAGUGUUGCAGUGUGAUUUACUCUCAUCAUUCUUCUUUAUCUCUUUGGAACAGUAAGCCACUACAAAUGCCCGCUGUGUGACAUGACCUGCCCUUCACCCUCUGCACUACGUAACCACAUCAAGUUCCGCCACAGCAACGAGAAACCAUACAGCUGUGAAUACUGUGAAUACAGGUACCACCUCAGUUGAUUUAUAGUGAUUCAAAACAUGAUCAGGAUGCCAUAAGCAUACACUCAUGACUGUUUUCUUUAUGAUUCCUUUGUGAUUUUUUUAUGUACAGCUGCAAGAACCUGAUCGACUUGCGCAAACACCUUGACACACACAGCAGUGAGCCAGCCUUCCACUGUGAUGUUUCUGGCUGUGGUUUCACCUCUCGAACUCUCAUCACCAUGAAGAUUCACCACAAAAGAGAACAUGAGGUGAAAGGAGAAUAAAAUACACAUACACUUUAUUUAUGAAGUACAUAGAAAAAAGGGAGCAUUUUUUAUAUGAGGUGGGUUUUUUUUGUUUGUUUUUUUUUCUUAGGGAAAUUUCAUAGCUCGGUACAAGUGCCAUGUUUGUGAUCAGUGCUUCACCCGGGGCAACAACCUCACUGUCCAUCUGCACAAAAAACAUCAAUUCAAAUGGCCCUCGGGACACCCCAGGUUCAGGUAAUUCUUGUAUUGACAAACUGCUCAAUCUUGUGUCGACUUUAAGUCCUGGUUUUGGAUUGGCACCUCUAACAGUCUCCUCAUUUCUUGAUCAGGUACAAGAAGCACGAGGAUGGCUUCUUUCGCCUGCAGCUGAUUCGCUACGAGAGCGUGGAACUGACAGAGCAGCUGAUGAGGGAAAGACAGAGCAGGCAAGCAGAUGAUGAUGAAGACAGCAGCGGGCAGGUAGAGGGUCAGGCGAUGGAGGAGGGACACCUUGGUGCAACUCCCUCAGAGCUACAAGAGGAGCUGAGAGGGGUGCUGCUGGAGGAGCAGAGGACUGAGGAGCCAUCUGCUAGUGCUGAGGAGGGGAUGCUGUACGUUCUCGCUGGAGGGGAGGACCCUGUCAAUCAGGAUCCUGCUCAGCAGCAAGGAAUGGAGGUGAUUUGACCCCAGUAACAAUUCUGCACACGUCCUGUGCAGCAGAACUGUGAAACAAACUGUAACCUCUACAGAUAGAAGGAAAAUGAAAAAUCUCUUUGAGCUGGUGAGAAAUGAAGUUUUAAAUAGAAGGUGAGGCACUUGAUUUUAAUACUGACUUUGCGCUUAUACUGGACAACAAAACUUUUUGCGAUGUCAUUUAUUCCCUUUUGUUGAGCUUGAAGGCAGUAUGUUGGCCAGUGUAUUUACAUUAGUUUGGUUUAUUCAUUGCAUUUUUAACAUCCUAUGACGGUUGCAUACUUAUGCUGCAGUGGCUGCUUGGUGUUCAGUCCCAAAAUCAGACAGAAAUGUCCCACAGCUUAUGAAGGAAAAAUUAUAUAUUCAUAAAAAAUGCUGAAACCAGUAAGGAAGGCCUACCUCAGUGAGUGUUAAUUUUACAGCUUAUUUAACAUCAAUAAACUUUGACUUGAAAAGCA